GAAUUAGACUCUUCAAAAUAGUGUCUCUUGCACCGUGGAAGGGAAACAGCUGUAAUUCUUAAUUAAAAGUGUAACAAAUUUUAAAAAUAUUAAGGAGUAUUAAAGAGUCAGAAAGGGAGACAGACUGGUGGAACCCACGUCUGACCGCCCUGAGCCACCAGAAAUAAUUGAAGAUCAAGGGGACCUAUCCAUCUCCCAUCAAGAAGAAGGUAGCAGCUGUAAAGAAAGGAGCAAGGGAGGGUAGUCCAUGCUUGGGAUAGCAAGCAAUAGCCUGUUUCCCCACCUCAUUCCCCAAGGUCCCUCUGCACAACAGGCAAGAGGUUUUGCACAUGGAAAGCCAGCCAAAAGCUGAAGAGAAUAAAGGUCCAGUUGCACCAAAGGUGCCACCACCAUCAGAAAAGAAAUAAGAAAGCCUGUGGGUAAGAAUUGCAGACCAAGGCAAUAAAAAGAAUCUUGUGAUUGAUGUCUGGUACAGGCAGCCUGAUCAAAGGAAGCCUAUUGACAAAGGCUUCUUGCUUCAGCUACAGAGCGUGCUCACAUGCUUUUGUUCUGCUGGAAAAAACAGCACAAGCUGCAGGUGAUUCAGGAGACUCCUGGACCCAGUGUUGCCCAGGACACCCAAGCUCCCCCACACCAAUUUUACCCUCAGACACAUGCCCCCCUCACACCCCGAGACCCCCUCAACUCUAUGGUCUCUCCAGCACCUGGCUAGACCCUGGUCCUCAGCAGCAAGGUGCCCCAUGGUGCCACCUUUAAACACACUCCUGACUCUGAGCCACCUCUCCACUUGCUGAGCCAUCCAGUUUUACCUUCAUUAGUGCUCACACAUUUACUCACACACCUGCACUCACUCCAGAACAGCACCAUGGGCACAUAGGCCCUCUGACUUGUCUGACCCCAUACACAAAUGUAUGCACAUAUCCCAGAGAAACGCUAGAAAAACAUUUACUAUCACCAGAGUCUCGUUCCUCCCCAAUUCACCCCUUUCCCUGAUUUUUACUGAUUUCCUUAACAGAACUUUCCACACAUCUCCUUCAAUUUCUUUAAAAGCUCUUGGUUGAACCUGCAGGGAUUGUUUUAAUUUUGCCUUGCAUAGUGCCGCUGAACUGUACUUUCUUUGAUGCUGCAGGCUCUCAUAGGCCACUUUGCUGCCCCAAGCCAUGAGCAGAUCAGGUCCCACUAACCACCCACAUCCAAUAUUCUUACACUGUGUCACUGUAUUUGGGACAUUGGAAUGGGCUGCCCAGGAAGAUAGGGGAGUCACCAUCCCUGGUGGUGUUUUAAAACAGAAUUUAAUAUGACUUAGCACCAUAGUUUAGUAGAUAACACGGUAUCAGGUCAUAGGUUGGGCUGGAUGCCCUCAAAGUUUGUCUUUUCCAACCUAAUUAUUUGAUUUUUUUUUCCCCCACCAUUCCCCAAAUAAAUACCCCCAGAGAGAUUCCUGUGCCUGCAGGGGGGGAGCAUGAGGACACCCACGGGGUAUCUGGGCAGGGCAUCUUCUGGACCUGCUGAUCCCCAGCCCCAAAUCAAAAAAAAAAGGGGGCUCUGUAGACCACCAAAACUUAACUUUUGGUGUGCUAAAAGAACCAGACGGGUUUAUACCAUGAAACCUGGAGCAGUGAAUGGCACGGGCAACAGGUUCUGCCCUCACGCAGGGCCCUAGGGAGCAGCUCGGCGGCCCUGCAUUCGAAAAGAAGAAACCUGCAUGAACCGGAGCUGGCGGCCCUCAGCGUGGCCUCGGCUAGCACGGGUGUGGCACCGCCAGCGAGCCGAGAGGGGCGCGGAGAAAGCCCGGACGUUUUCGUAACUCGAGAGCCGCGCCCGGCAGCGUACCUCCGGCGGAUUGCCGGAGGAAAGGGCCCGCCGAAGGACUAGCUGCUCCCAGAGCGGGCUGGCUGCUGCGGGAGCGGGCCGACAGGCUAGCGGGCGGCGUGGCCGCAGACUGAGGGAGUGGGGCAGCUGGCUCGGAGAUGCUGCGGGAGCGGACCGGCUGCGGGGUCGGCCGCCCGGCUCGCUCGCUGGCGCACCACUGCGCGCACGCCGCGGCUGCUGAAGGAGCGCGCGGCGCCGCCUCCGCGCUCCCGUUUCCCGGGCGCGCCCCCGCGCGCAGCGCGCAGCCGCACUGCUCCAAAACAGUUUCUUGCUCACGUCGGAGAAGCCGCUUCCGUUCCCAACGCCGCAUUCCGGCCACACCUGCCGGUACCCGAGCCGCGCUCGCUCCGCCGCCAGCCCGAGGAGGACGCCGCGCUCAGCCGCCCCAGCAGGCCAUGUCUGAGGAGGAUUAUUUGUGUGUGAAGACUGAGGAGGAGGAUGAAGCACUAAUUAUAGACCAUGGAGACAGCGGGCUGUCCACACAAAGCUGUGUGCCAGUGCAACAGAACUCUGAAGCAAACAGUGCUGUUCACCACAGGAGUCAACUUGCUUAUGGAAGUGAAGGCUUGCCAGUGCUUGCUGAUCAGGGCCAUUCUGCAAUGAUGCAGAGAGGAAAUGGUCGCAGCCCUGAGAAAAUGGAUUUUGUGGUUUUGCAUAAUAAAAGAAAACGACUUUCUCCUGCUGUAGUGGAACACAAUGUGAUGAGAACCAGGGAGGAAGAAUAUGAAGAUAGUGACAGUGUCAUUUAUGAGUAUGAACCAGACUAUGAAUGUGAAAGCAUUUUAUCUGAAGCUUCUUAUACUGGAUAUCAGCAGAAUCCUCUUAUGGAGGUCCUCAGUUAUUGCCAGGUGAGCACUUGUGUGACUGGAGUCAUUCAGGCCGUGCUUAAUGCAAGUCAAUUUGCCAUGUAUGAUGCCAUUCAGAAGCUGGAUAAAAAAUUUGACCUGCUGCAUCGUAAGGUCUCGGAAAUGCAGCACACUCGUAUAAAGCCAUUCUUGCUCAAACCUAAACCAGUUGGAUUUACAUACAGAAGUCCCAGUCAUAUGCCUCCCGGAAAAAUAAGAGUACCAAAACACAUGGAAAGAGAUUUAAGUCUUCAUCGUUCUUCAUCAGGCCAGGGAAGGCAUAGCCCAGGUGUAAGGGUUGCUUUACAAAAUGGCCACGUUCAAGUCAAUUCCAAAGUAAAACAUGCCCCGCAGAGUUUUCAGCUCGAAUCUCAGCAGCCUGUUGGAAGGCAGAGCCCACCACUCCCCACUAUAGUUUCUACACAUUCAUUACAUUCAUCAUACACAGCAAGUAAUGGGAUGCCUGACCUUUCACCACAAUCAAAUCUUGCUCCCAGUAUUGUGGAAAGUACUGUCAACAUUGCAUCUUCACCCGUGGCAUCACCUUCGAUACCAGCACCAUCUGAGCCCAGUCAGGAAAAUAAUGCUGUGGAGUUGAACUACAGAAAUGCAUCUGAGGAUGUGAAUAUUAAUGAAGAACUACCAUCUUCUUCAGUCUUCAUCAAUCCUAGCUUUGAGUUUGUUGGUGACCCAGCAAGAAAUGUAAAAGUUCUUGGAAACCAUUUGGUGAAGGCUCGGCAAAAGACUAAACCCAAGUACGCAGCGCGCCACCUGGUUCGUGUCUUGUUCCCCAAGAAAACUUUGCUGUGCAGCGUCAUGGGAGCGAGUGCACGAGGGCGCAGGACACUGGAUCCAAACAAAAUUGCUGCAAUAAGAGAGUUUCUUGCAACUAACUUCCCAACCUAUGAUUUGAGCGAGCAUGGAAAAGACUGGAAAACCUGUAUCACAAAUGUCAAUUCUAUGAUCCGCUCCUUACGCUCUGAAAACAAAGCAAAGGAGACAGCUGAGGGGAAAGGAAAAGUGUCUGAUGCUCCUGAUACAUCUCAUUGUGUAGAUUUAAAUGAUAAUGAAGAUAGUGGAAACAAUUCUCAAAAUUCUCAGAAAAUGACUGGCUCCACAACUGACACAUUGCAGAAUUCAGAAUUGGAUAAGUUUCAGGAAGCUUUCCACACAUCUUCGGUCAGAAAACAACAGUCUUUGGAACCUCUGGAACCUCUUGGGAGCCCAUGGCGCAAUGUUCAGUUGCCUUUCUCAGUCAUUUACGUCGCCAAGGGGAAGACGCGGCCAGAGCUGUCAGCUCGCUUCCUAAUUCGUCAUAUGUUCCCAGAAGAGGUGCUGGUGAAAAGCAACGUGUAUGGCAGUCUUGAUCGUGGCAUGAGCCCACUGGAUUCCAAUAAAAUUAACGCUCUCAGAGACUUUCUUCAAGAGAAUUUUCCAUCCUUUGAUCUAAAUGAAAGUGGAUUUGAUUGGAAGGCAUGCGUGGCUGCCAUAAACAGCACAAUCCGCAGUCUCAGGCACGAGCUCAAAAAGGCUACGGCUGGAACCCGCCAGAGAGCCCCGGCAGCGCCGCCCUCGAGCGCAGAGUCCCCCAGAGGAUCCCACUUCCGUAAAGCCGGCGGAAAGCGUCUCUCAGAUUGAAGCUCUCUAGCAUCUGUCUCAAAUCUUAAUUUAGCAGGCUUUUAUUAAUUCCGUGUAGAAGCCUCUAAUAUCGAGCUGUCCUAUUCAACUUGAGUUGUCAGCAUCACUAAAUAGCAUCACUUCAUGAGACCAAAAUUAGCAGAAGGCUUGGGAGCCCUAACUCUUUGCAUAGGUAGUGUUUGUGCUCCUCAGAAAUUAUUUUCAGUGUUCCCUGUAGCAUUUGCAAUGUGCUCUCUCCUAAAAGCAUCAUCUUCUCAUGAUUCAUUGAAUCUGAAAGAUUAAUCUGGUUAGAAAAGAUGCACUGUGCAUCAAUUCAGCAGAAGCAGAUGGAGAGGAAAGAGUGGUCCUCCUUGGAGGGUGAAUCAUAGCCAGCUAAAUUAUCUCAUUAUGUGUGAGGAAUGAAAUUUGCUUUGUGUCCUGCUUUUGGGCAAAUUUGGGAGAAAACCUCCAAAAGGGGGCCCAUCCAGAAAAGCAAACCCACACAGCCCCUCCCCCCAACUGGUUCGGGAAGGAUUCCACAGAGAGAAGUGGAAAGAACCUGUUUAUUUAACAGGCAAAACAACCCCCAGCACACAGAAUGAACAAUACCAGAUAACAACACUCUUUCACCGCUCUGAAAAGGAUGACAAAUCAGAAAGUCUCUCUUGGGAGUGGUCGCUCUGUUGUCACUCUGUUGUCAGUCCCUCCAGCGCUGGGAAUAGCUGCUGCAGGCCACAAGGUGCAAACUCUUGGUGUUUCCAGGUCCCAGUGCGGAGCAGGUUCAAGUGGUUCCAAAAAAAACAAAAGGGAAACAGUCCAGGAAAAAAUUCGGACUGCUUAGCUAAAUUAACUAAUGAGCAGAAGCAAAAAGCAAGAGCAAGAGCAAAGCAAAAAGCCUAGCAAAAAGCAAAAGCCGCACUAUGUACUCCCUGU